AUGGCCACCAACCAGGAUGACAUCGUCAUUGCGCCCGUCGAAACUGAGCAGGACAUCAGACAAGCCAACUACUGUGUAUCAGAAGCUUUCGGCCGUCAAGCAAAGGACGCUGUAUGGAUCCUCAUGAACCCAGGAUGGGACACCGAAGAAGGACAGGCUGGUCACGCCGAAGGCAUGAUCAAGCGCUGGAAGUCCGGGACUACCAACAAGGACGGCCAACCCAACAAGGUUUAUCUCAAAGCUACAUUACCUGACCCGGAGAACCCUGGACAGCGAAGAGUCGUAGGCAUGGCCAUCUGGCAGCAGUUUUCUGAAGUCGAAGGCUAUGGAGACAAGUUCACAGGCGACAUGGCCGAGGCAUUGGCAAAGCUAGAUGAUACGAACAAGCGCUUUGCAGACCAGGUGUUCAAGUCACUGUGGAAGAGGCGCAUUUCGUACAUCAUGGAGGUUGCUCAACAGAAAGAUCGCAACAGCCCACCCGCCAUCUUUACCUUGGAUCUCUGUGCUGUCGACCCAGCAUACCAACGACGGGGCGUUGCCGGCAAGCUUGUACAGUGGGGUUUGGAGGAGGCGAAGAGGAGAGGGAACUUGGAGUGCACAACGGAAGGAAGCGCCAUGGGAAGAGCAGUCUACAGGAAGCUGGGUUUCAAGGAUGAAGGCGAGGGAGACAUCGUGUUCGAAGUCGACGACGAGUUCAAAGACUGGGACAAGCCACCAAACGUCUUCCUACGAACUGGUGGGAUGAUGAACGUGACCAUAAUCAUUUCAUACAACACGUUUGACGCUCAAGCGCCCUGUAUUAUCACCAUGGCGCCCAUAGUCGAUAUUCACACCCACGUCUACCCUCCAAAGUACAUGGACCUCUUGCGAUCGCGCACAGAAGUCCCUUACGUCCGCACCUUCCCCGACGCGCCCGACUCCUCACGCCUCAUCAUUCUCCCCGGCGAAGAUGACCCUUCCACUCCAUCAACAUCGCGCGGCCGCCCCAUUGGCCCGGAGUACUUCGACAUUGCCAAGAAGAUCGCAUUCAUGGACCAGCACAGAAUCGACAAGAGUGUCAUCUCACUCGCAAAUCCAUGGCUAGACUUCCUAUCCGCAGAAGAAGCAGGGCAGAAAGCUGUCGAAAUCAACGACGAUGUCAAUGAGCAGUGUGGGCUGUACCCUGGGCGACUAUACUUCUUCGGCACCCUCCCUCUUUCAAGCGACACAGACAUCAUCGUCAAGGAAAUCGAACGCCUGUCAACGCUAAAGUACGCGCGCGGUGUCAUCCUCGGGACUUCGGGACUCGGCUCAGGUCUCGAUGACACAAGACUCGAUCCCGUAUAUGCUGCACUGCAGAAACACAACCAACUCAUCUUCCUUCACCCUCACUACGGUCUGCCCUCGUCUGUGUACGGACCCCGGGCAAGCGAGUAUGGCCAUGUGUUGCCUUUGGCGUUGGGAUUCCCGCUCGAGACUACAAUUGCAGUGACGAGGAUGCUGCUGAGUGGUGUAUGGGAUCGAUUCUCAGGCCUGAAUGUCCUGCUCGCACAUUCUGGGGGUACACUGCCUUUCUUGGCUGGCAGGAUCGAGAGCUGCAUUUUACACGAUGGACAUCUGAAGGCGCACGGCAAGACUCAAAAUCGCCGUGAUGUAUGGGAUAUCCUCAAGACGAACAUCUACCUUGAUGCAGUCAUCUAUUCGGAAGUCGGACUAAAUGCGGCAGUGGAGGCUUCCGGAGCUGAUAGGUUGCUGUUUGGUACGGAUCACCCCUUCUUCCCACCGCUGGAGGAGGAUGCGAAAGAGUGGCAUAGUGUCAAUGCCAACUACGGGGCUAUCUCGAAGUCACUCGGUGGAAAUAACGACAAGGCUCAGGGCGUACUUGGUGACAAUGCGGUGCGAAUAUUGAGGUUGGAAGACUAAGUCUCCAGAUAC